AUGGAUAUCUUCUCUUCCCUCCCACCAGAGCUGCGCUUGGAAAUAUUCCUUUGCCUCAGGACCACCUCAAAAAUCGCUCCACUCAUUCGCGCAUCACCGACGAUGUUUGCACAAUAUCAAACGUCAAAGAAGCAAAUUCGAUUGGCGCUUCUUCGGCACGAGUUUGAUGAUGAUUCAUUGCAAGAUGCCAUGGCAAUCGUUUUAUUUCCUUUGAUGCACCCUACCGAUACGGACUUCAGCGUGUACAUGGAAGACUAUAUCACAAAAGCAACCGCCAUUUACCCACCUCGCGCCUAUCUCGCCCUUCCAGAUCUCUCACCAAGGCGGGGUCAAUCUACAUUCCGAAACAAAUCAAUUGGCCUUGAAACCUUGAAAUUGGAUGAUCUGAGUGACCAGGAGAGACGUCGGCUACUCCGAGCGUUUUUGAGAUACGAGUUCAUGUGCAAGGUUUACCACCCACGACAAGGAUCAUUUGACAAACUAGACAAACCCCUGCGCCUACGCGAGCACUUCAAGUUUCUAAUUUGGGAGUAUGAGGGAGUUCGAUGUGUGCGUUAUUACAUUCAGAAUCUAUACGGAGCCAUCUUCGCACAUCAUGCCAACUCUUGGCUCCCAAAUGUACCCAAAGUGCCAUUUACUCAAUCGUUUGAAACUGUUUCGGAGAGCGAACUGUUAUUUCCUGAUAAUGUCCUUUUCUGUCCGGAUUCUUAUUACGACGACUUGUGUCUAGAACAGAGCAACCCAAACUUUACUACCCGCGCUUUGGCCCGUCUCGGGUUCGACCUCAUCACGUUUAUACUCGGGCUUCCACGAGAUGAGGCCGGUUGCUCCGUCCAUCUCAAGCAGUGGCCUUGCGCCUUUCAUAAACGCUAUCCGAGCAGGUUUUCUGUUCGCGGACCACCUGCUACAAUUAAAAUUCGACGACCUACUCGCAAGAGCUGGAAACAACCCCCCGGCUUGCUCCGAGAGCUGUUCUCCCGACUACGCCGUGAAGAUGGCCGGAUGGUGUAUCGUAUCUACAGACAACGAGCAUGGGUCUUCCUUGAUGAUGCUAGACACUACCCUCACCAGAGCACCUCGUUCCACUUUCCGACUGAGAAGCAGUUGGUGGAGAACAGAGAGCGCACGUUGGGGAUACACUCCCACGAUCCUCUUCUCGCUACUUCGCAGCGCAGAUCUCAGGCGUGGCACGAUGGAAAUUAUACAGCAAGGAUAGAUGAGAAUGAGACAGGGGAUUGCGAAACAUUCAGCUUUGGAGAUGAAGAUGCGAGCCGUGUCUUGCGGUUCUUCGAAGCAUUCUCAAGUGAUGAAUCUUCAAUUUUUUGA